GCACAAAGAGAGAGUGACAAAAAUAAGUGUUCAGUCGAGAGAUUUGGAUGGAGACUGUAAGGAUUAGACUGAAUUAAUUUAUAUUUUGAGAACAUCUGUGACAUACCUGGCUUGUAUUUACAAUGGAUUCCGCAUACCUGAGAAAGAGCGCUUUGACCCUUUACAUGUUGGUAGUUUUUAUCCUGCAUGUGAACAUUGAUACACAAGGUGUACAAGGUCAAGCCCCCAAAUGUCCUCUCUUGAAAGUUCAUAGAGGGACUGUCCAUAAAGCCUUCAUAAACAAGCCUUUCAAGAUCUCCUGCAAUCUGACAUAUUGUGUUGAACAGACAGUGAAUGUGACAUGGACUAAACAAAACAUGAGAGAAUGGAUUCCAAUAUCUGGAGCAGAUCAAAUAUCAGCAUCACAAACUAUUCAUCACCUGAUCCAAAUAUGUUGACUUCAUAUUUAACUUUCACAAAUAUAUUAAAGCAUCAUGAAGGCUCUUACAGAUGUGAACUAAACUUACCAGACUUCUCUAUGAAUAGCCAUCAUAUAAAUGUUUCUGUCUCAGGUAAAGAUUUUUUAUUUCCACUGACAGUAGAAAGAGACAACACUGAUAGCAGCUCUGGUUCAUAUCCAUGGUGGCUGCCGUAUCUCUUCAUCUGUUUGGGUGUGCUGAUUCUGGUUCUUAUAGUAAUGCUGAUCUCAAUCCUGUGUAUUAAUGGAUGUAAAAGUUUGAGAAGAAAGAAUGCACAGAGAUCAAAGGUUCAGUAUACAGCAACAUCUGUCUUGUCAUCAUCAAGCCCCAUUGUUCUGAAGCGUGAUGAAUUUGUCUGUGGCCAAGAACUACAGAAGCACUCUCGUGACAGCAACUCAUGCAAUUUAACAUUACAAUCCAGACAGUCAACAUCACACGUGUCAGAUUGUAGUGAUGAUCCUUUGUCUAACAGGAAAGAUAGCAGGUCAAGUCAGGUUGUAUAUGCAUCUUUGCAUCACCUCGCACCAACACCAUCAUCUACCACAUCACGUCAGACACAGGAGGAGUUUUCAGAGUAUUCAUCUAUCCGGGUCUUCUGAUUUUCUGUCUGCAUAACCAGCAGACACAGUAAAACUACAUUUUCAAGUCUUCAGACUUAUAUAAUGAGGCAGUUUGUGCAACUGUACAAUACUGUUAAUCUAUUCUUUCUAACAGGAAGCAGGAGAUGUAUGCAUGUUUCACUUUCCUCAUUACAUCACGGAAAAGCAUUGCUGUGAGUUGAGUGAGGUUUCUGUAAGUGAAACUCACACCACUAAUCACAUGUGUCUGAUGCAACACUCCCAUAUCCUGGAGACUAGUCUAAGUGUUAUGCACUAAAACUUAAAAAUAAUGUUUCCAAGACUAGAGAUAGAUUUUUUUCAAUACUGUUGAUGUUACAGCCAAAUUAGUUGUUGCUAGUAAAGAAGCUGAGAAGGUUAACUCAUACUUGGUACAGUAAUAGAUUAUAAGUUAAAUUGGGUGGAAAAUGCAAAUCUUGUUUGUCAAAGCACACAAGUGAUUAUAUUUACUUAUAUAUUCAGUAUUUUUGAUGUGGACAAAUUUAUACAGAUAAUGUUUUACAGAUAUUUUAUUAGAAUUUGUAUGCAAGUUCUUUCUGGAUACACAGCCUGUAAGAUCUUGCAGAUCUUUUGUUUCAAAUGCAGUUUUGAUCAUAAACGCAUAUUUGAAGCACAUCAAUAUGGGUUAAUUUAACAUUUUUACAUGCCAUACCUUAAACACAUGAGGAAUGGUAUAUUGCUUAUCCCUGGGUUUGUGGAUGUGUAUGUUGUGAUCUUUUAUAUUAUAUUUCGUUUGUUUAUCAUUGUUGAUUCCACAGAAAUUCCCCUGUGAAUGGACGACAAAGAGUACUAAGAAAAUGAAAAAAUUCAUAGUUACAAUAGUAGCAGCUAUGUUUAUUGUACAACCUUAUACUGAUUUUCAGUUUAGGACUUUUUGAGCCAUGAACAAUAUUUUUCUAGCAGUCAAUGCGAUAUGGGAAAGAAAUCAAUUAAGCUUAUUUUAAAGUAAGUGUGUGUGUGUGUGUGUGUGUGUGUGUGUGUG